CCCCGCCCCUCAGUCGCUGUCCUCCGCUGAAGUCCCCAGAGUUUUACAGCAGCUGGGUGUCACCGGCGGAACUCUGCAUUCUACACAACAGUCAGGUCCACGGCCCCCCGAGGAGGUCACUCUCUUUUGCGUCCCCUCCCUGUCUUCACUUUUCACUUCGGGUGGACGCUCCGCAACUCCAUCCACUCGCCAGGAUGUCUCCGUCCACGUCCCCCCGCUGCUUCACGGAGAGGGAGGUGGCCCGCCACUGCACCAAGGACUCCUGCUGGGUGCUGCUGGGGACCAGGGUGUACGAUGUGACCGCCUUCCUGCGGAUGCACCCGGGCGGGGAGGCGCUCCUACUUCGCCGGUCGGGCAAGGACGUAAGCCAGGAGAUGGAGGGACCCCCGCACAGACACUCGGAGAACGCCCGGCGGUGGAUGGAGCAGUACUACAUCGGGGAGUUGGACACGAACAGCCGCACCGACGAGGCACAGACUCUGAGAGAGAGGAGGAAGGAGACUGAAGAGACGGAAGGACAGAAGACAGACUCGAAGGUGGAAGAGGAGGAAGAGAACUCCCCGUACAACCUCUGCAGCCCUGUAGACCUGGAUAAGGAUCUGGUGGACUGGCGGAAGCCUCUGGCGUGGCAGGUGGGUCACCUCGGGGAGAAAUAUGACGCGUGGGUUCACCAGCCCGUCGACAGACCCAUCAGACUGUUCGGAAACCCAUUGCUGGAGGCCGGCACCAAGACUUCCUGGUACUGGGUCCCAGUGGUGUGGAUGCCCCUCGUGUUAUAUCUCAGCUGGUACUGCUACACGACGCUGGCCAAGGGCAACAGCAGGAUAGACGUCACCUCAGAUUUCUCCAUCACGAUCCAUAAGUACUCGUUCCCGCUGCUGUUUCUGCUGGGCUGGUUCUUGUGGUCAUUCAUCGAGUACUGCAUCCAUCGCUUUGUCUUUCACAUGAAACCGCCAGCCCAUAAUUACUACCUCAUCACGCUGCACUUCCUCCUGCACGGGCAGCACCACAAGUCUCCGUUCGACGGCGCUCGCCUGGUCUUCCCGCCCGGCCUGGCCUCCUUAGUGGUGGGAUGCUUCUACGGCGUCCUCCACAGCACCUUCCCAGAGAUGAUCGGGCUGUGCUUGUUCGUCGGAGGACUGUGCGGCUACGUCGUGUACGACAUGAUCCACUACUACCUUCACUACGGCUCGCCGAAGAGAGGCUCGUACAUGUACAGCCUGAAGGCCUACCACGUCAAACACCACUUUGAACACCAGAGAUCAGGUUUCGGAAUCACCACCACGUUCUGGGACCACCCCUUCCACACAGUCAUCCCCGACGAGGAGUUCUAACGCAGACCCGGCUCUUGUGUAGGGCCUCAGGACUUGUUGUUGUUAUAGCCUCCUCCUUGUGUAGUCGCCAGCCCUCAUGCUCCCGAAAAGCCCACUGACGCCGUUAUAUCACAUAGUUCCGUCUCUGCAGCCACAGCUUCCUCAGCUUCCUCAGCUUCCUCAGCACCAGGAGGGGAACGUCCACGUCUGCACGCGCUUGGAACCACUGCGCUCUGCUGUCGCA